CGCAGCAGCUUCGUGUUCAUACUACAAUCUUUGUUUGUGCUGUUGCACUUCAUUUUUCUGGGGGGGGAUUUUUUUUAGGUGAAUUUCGUAAAAACAGGAUUUUUUUUUUUUUUUUUUUUUUCCCCCUCUGGACUUCAGAAGGAGUUCGUCAGAAUAGUGCACCAUCAUGGACCCUCAGGUGUGCCCACCUCCUCUGAACAGCAGCCAAUCAGUGAUCAGCUUUCUUGACAAAUCCCCGAUCAGCACAUUCAAACCAGGUCACUCACGGAACAACAGCACCGGUUCACCCAAACCAUCGAAACAGUCUCGUCACUGGGAGGUGCUGGAUGACCUGCAGCAGGCAGACUGUGGUCCAGCCGUCGGCUCAUCUUCGGACCUCAGCAUCCCUGGAAUUUGUGAAGGCUACCUGAUGAAAAGGAGGAAAUAUCCACUCAAAGGCUGGCACAAGAGAUACUUUAUGUUGGACAAAGGAAUCCUCAGGUACUCAAAGACGCAGCAAGACAUUCAGAGAGGGAAGCUCCACGGUACUAUGGACGUAAGCCUGGCUGUCAUGUCCAUCAACAAGAAGUCCAAACGAAUCGACCUGGAUGGCGGUGACAACCUCUACCAUCUCAAGGCAAAGAGCCACGAGAUGUUUUACAUCUGGUUGACGAAGCUUUGCGCCCAUCGUGUGUUCAGGAAGAAUGAGGCCAUGAGCAUCCAUCGUGGCGUUCUACACGCGCUGUCUUUGGGCCAAAAUACGAACGCCAUGGGUACAUUCAGCCAAACCAGCAGAGUGAUGCCAUCGCACUAUGCCAGCACGGCAUCUAUGUACCAGCCAGAGAUGGGAAGCCCCGCCCAGGAACACUCCUCCCACCCAGGGGUGACCAGUAAGGUGUCGGCGUGGCUUCAACAGACUCAUGACAUCGAUGCCACCUCAAACGACUUGGCUCGCUGUCAGGCUGAACUGACAGAACUUGCCCAACUUAUUCAGAGACUCCACUGGCUAGAAGGAGGAUUGCCCAUCACAAACACAGACCUGGAGAUGAGAAUCAGCAUGCAGAAUCUCUCUCUGGAAAAACCCAAGAAGAAAGUUGGGAAGGUCUUUGGCCACUCGAGGACUUUGUCCCGUGUUGAAGCUAUGGGCAAUAUGUAUCCCACCAGCCACCUGAGUACCAACUGUGGUUCUGGUUUAGCGGCAUCUGUUCAGUCCAUCCCCGACUACGUUUACUCUCAGCUGUCAAACCCUCAGGUCACGUCACCUGAAGCAAAGAAGCUCCAUCAGGACAUCUGCACGGGUUCUCAGAGGGUUUAUACUUCUCUAAAGUCCAUUCAUGACGUUCUUACCUUGGAGAGAGAGCGGCUCAGGCAGGCCUGGACUGGACCGGACCUGAGACAGAACACUUCACAUCAGCUCGCUACUCUGUGCACGACACUAUCGGAGCUUGACAUUCAGUCUCACCUGACCAAAGUCCAUUCGCUUUCGCUGUCCUCUGAUUCUACUGAGGAAUCCUUCUGCACCGUCUGCCAGGACCAGAAGACGCCAUCUGAAGGCCAUCAUCGUUCGCCCUCUGUGGCAGAGUCCGUGGCUGAAUAUUUUGAUGCGAGUGAGGUGAUUGUGUGCGAGACCUCGUCGGAGGCGGAGGCAUCUGAUGAAUCAGGUUUGAGUGACAUCACCACCACCAGCACUUCUGAGCCUGAGGAAGGACACGCUGUCAGCACAAUGAACUACAGGACCAGCGUGUCCAGCACUUCGGAGCAACACAGCUUGGUGCCCGCUGAUACUGGUCGUCGAACCAGCCUCCCCGCUAAGUGUACCGACAACAGCCACAUCGGCAUCAUGACCAUCCUGUACAACAACAUCGGCAAGGACCUGUCCCGUGUUUCCAUGCCAGUUGCUCUUAAUGAGCCACUGAGUCUCCUGCAGAGACUCAGUGAAGAACUUGAGUACACAGAUCUGCUGGACAUUGCCAACCACAUAGAUGACCCAUAUGAGAGAAUGGUUUACGUUGCUGCAUUCUCCAUCUCUGGUUACGCCUGGGCCUCUUGGAGGUAUCGCUACAAGCCCUUCAACCCUGUUCUUGGAGAAACAUAUGAGAGUUACAGAGAAGACAGAGGCUUCCGCUAUGUCAGUGAGCAGGUGAGCCAUCACCCCCCUUUGUCUGCCUGUCAUGCAGACUCUGAAAACUUCACUUUCUGGCAAGAUCAGAGAUGGAAGAACAAGUUCUGGGGGAAGUCUGUGGAGAUCAUUUCUUCAGGUCUAGUCAAUGUCACUCUGCCACGGUACGGCGAUCACUACGAGUGGAAUAAGGCGGUGACGUGUAUCCACAACGUGCUGAGUCAGCAACGCUGGUUGGAACACUAUGGCGAGGUGGUGAUCAGGAACACGGAGAGCGACGUCUGUACCUGCAAGAUCACCUUCGUCAAGUCUCGAUACUGGAGCUCGGAUAACAGUAAAAAUGAAGUCCAGGGUGUGGUUCUGAACCAGGCUGGAGAGGUAGUUCAUCGUUUCGGAGGUCUCUGGCAUGAAGGCAUCUUCUGCGACACUCUGCCUGUCCCAAAGUGCAUCUGGAAGCCCAACGUGCAGCCUGAUGACCACUUUGAGUUCUAUGGUUUCUCCCGUUACGCUCGGGAGCUAAAUGAACUGACGCCUGAACUGAAGGCCGUCCUUCCGCCAACGGACACGCGCUUCAGACCAGACCAGCGGCUCCUGGAGGAGGGGCUGGUGGCAGAGGCAGAUAAAAAGAAGGAUGAGGUGGAGCAGAAGCAGAGGGAGCGGAGGAAGGAGAUGGCCAAGAAUGGAGAGGAGCACGUGCCCCGGUUUUUCAGGAAAACUGUGGACGAGGCUGGUCGGGAAGUGUGGUUGUACAACGGAACCUAUUGGAAUCUCCGCAAUGAUCCAGGCUUUGCCAACACUGAAAACCUGGACCUGUGGUAGAACUGUGCACCUUAAAGGCUGAGGUCAAAGUGCUGCAGUCACAUGACGAGGGAUGAAGAGGAAAUAUGCAACAGAAAUCAAACUGCAUCUCGCUUAUCCAGUCUGAAGUCUGCGGUCUACUUCACACGACGAAUAAACGACCUCACACGGACAGUUUUAAUCACUAAGGAACCAGAACCUGGCAAACUGAUCCUGGACUGAAUUUGGAAUGAUUCUGCAUGUCUGUUAGUCAGAUGACCUGUGCACGAGUCCACUUUGUGUCCUCAUCAGUGAGUGCGCACAUGAGCCUCUUGCUGGAGUUCUAGACCAUGCAGAGGUGAAACGCCACCACAGAACAAAUGAAGACUGAUUCAGGUGAAGCCGUGUGUUCUUUGUCCUGUUCUUCGUGUGCCUCUGAUUUCAAAGGAAAACUUGAAAUCCAGUUUUAGACCUUUUUUAAAAAAAAAAUCUGGAUUUUGGCCAAACAUAUUUGUAAAAUGUCUUGUUUGUGGGAUGAAUGAUUGUUUGUGUACGUAUUAUUCAGCUGCACUGUUCGGCUCACGUACGUGGUUAUCCAGACGCUGUUCGUGGGUGUUGUAGACUGUUCGGUGCUGUUCUGCUCUUUUUCAGUGGGUCUUGUUGUAUAAAUUUGCUAUAGUUUAAUUUUCCACUUUAACACAUUACGCAUCUGUAAGCUAAGAUCCAACACUGGCCCUGUUGGCCCCGCCCACUUCAUCAGCACCAAGCUGUUGAAAUGUUGCGCUGAGUGAAAUCGACACCUGAACACUCAUUAUUUCUUUGGAUUCUGUAAAUUUUAUAAAUUCAUAUUUCAGUGAGGGGUUUUAGUGAGGAAAAAUUUCUGUUAAUAUGAAAUGUUUUCUUCAUGCAUCAUCUUCAAAUAAAAUUAUGGAUAAUCA